AUGGACGAAGGUCUCGCUCCUAAUUUGGCGGUAGAGGCGAUCAAUAUCCAAACAAAAGAAUCCUUUGAAAGAUGGCUGGAUUAUCAUUUCCCAAGCUACGUCGCCUCCUUCAAUUCCCGCGUGGAUGUUAGUUGGAUGGACUUUGUACGUGGCAAGUGGUCAUCAUUUCCCCAAGCGCUGAUCUGGGGCGUCCGCGCCUUAAUUUGUUUACGCAUGGGAGCGGCAGAGGGCAACAGGGAAGCUGUAAUGUGCGCUCGUCAUAUGUACAGUCGAGGCAUAAAACAUUUGGCCUGUCUUUUACGAACACCAGCCGUGCUAUCGGACGAAACUCUUGCGGCCGCGAUUUUGCUCGGUGGUUAUGAGGUCCUCGAUGGUAGCACUGACCGUUCGUGGAUUAUUCAUUCUCAAGGCAUCCGUCACCUUUUCUGCGCUCGUGGCCCUUCAGCACAUGCAAGCGGCAUGGGUCGAACUCUCAUGCUUUGCUGGCGACCUUACAUCGUCGCAGAUGCCUUUAUAAAUGCAAUGCCCUGUUUCCUAGGGGAUUCUGAGUGGACACAGAUAUCAAUGAGCAAAGAGGUUGCUAAGGCAGAGGAUGAGCAAGAAAAAGGAAGCCCUUUGGGCCAGACAAUGGAUUAUGCAUUUAAUGAAGUCGCCAAAUGCCCUGGGUACUUGGCGACGACCAAGAAUAUUGUGUCAUCCCGCACAAAUGUUGACUUGGCUAUGCUAAGGCGUCUAAUAGACUGCAUUUUCCAAUCAAAAGGAAAUCUCGAGCAUUGUCACGGCAUGCUGGGAGAAAUUAACCCGCCAGCAUCUUUUGUUGGAGUGAUCCCAUCGAUGUAUGCAACAACCCUGGUGCAGGGGUCUCGCAAUGGAAUCAGCUCUGCUAUUGCACUGCUCAACCAGCUGAUGACGGUGCUUCAGUCUUAUCUAGAGAGGACAACCAGAAGUGUUAUGAUUGCAAGCCCUGUUGAUAAACCAGAGCAGGAUCCGUGGCGUCUUGCCGCAGAAAAUCAAUCUCUCGAACCCAAUACGAGCCAAUCGCCUCGUUUAAAGGAACUAGAAGAUCCAGAUCUGAGUACAUACGCUAUUGGAGAUCUGUUGGACAAAUUCUCGUUAACGAUGGGCAUGGGUAGUCUAUCACCAGAUGCAUGUGGCUGCCCACAAUUCUCGGCGCAUAAAGCCUAA